CUCACUCCUUGACCAACAUGUUUACUGCCAUCUUCGUCGUUGGGUUCGCCACCCAGCCUGCCACGCUGGCCACGUUCGCCACCCAGCCUGCCACGGUGGCCACCGCGCCAGCUGACCAGGUCCUCCGACGGCCUGACACUCGCUUCGCUCGCAACAUCACGGUCUUUCACGUCAAUCAACAUUCGUUUGGCGCCGUGCCGGUGAACAUGAACACGGCUGACCUGACUGGCGACCUCUUCUUCGACCUCCUCGAGGUCCUCAUCUCGCCCUUGCUGUGCCAGAAUCACUCGCACAAGCUGCCCGGGCCCGACCCCUGCACCAACCCAGAGGCGAUGGGCGCAGACCUCGUCGUCAACAAGGUGACGCUGGAGGUCGACUCGCGCUUCUCUGGAUACGCCGCGUGCAACGUGUGCGUCGAAGGCCAAGAUCCGUUUGGUGGAUACUGCGAGGACGGCAAGUACAUCUGCGACUGCCUCGCCACAGGCGGCGCUGCCAGCUGGCCGCCCAAGCUCCGUCCUUGCAACACAACCGUGGGUUUUGAGGAGGUCUACAGCCUGAUGGGCAAGGGAAUUGGGCACAAGGGGUGCCGCCGCUCGCCGCAGCUCCCGUCGCCCACGCCGGCCCAGUGCUACGUCGAAGGUGUUUUUGGCAAGCUCACCGCCGCGGACGGCGGCGCCUGGUACAGCAGCCUUGAGGCGGGCUUCUGCGGAGAGGAGGGCGGGGACUGCACCUGGCGCGUCGCGAGUGUGGACAAGAUUGUGAGCCGGAGCUGCCACGUCCGCGUCUUUGGCGAGGAGGUGCAGAGGGCUGGCGCGCCCGAAUGCCUCGACGCCUGCGGCAAGGACCGCACCAACGUCACCUCGCCCUGCUGGGUUUCCUGCCUCUACAAGGCUGCGCUCGGGCCAGACGCGGGCCACCCCGACGGCAAGGUGGGCGGCCUCUCCCUCGAGGCGCUCAAGCAGGCGUGGGCAAAACCCUUUCUGGGCGAGGAGUCGGGCGGGUGCCCCGCCCUGGAGGAAUGGGCCGGCGGCCAGCGGCGGCCGCUGCUAAACUCGCUGCCUGUGCUGUCGCCGUGGGGAGGCCGCCCGCGGACGCUGCUACCGUCGCGGGCAGCCGGCACCCUGGUUGCGGCUCUCUGAGCGAGGGCCAUCGGUCGCAGGCGUGGUGUACAGUAUUACGUGCACAGAGCAGCUGAGAGAGCACCCCCAAGGGUGCCUGAGGUGAAAUCCCGCCUGUGAUGGAGGCUGGAGCGUGCCGCACACCUGUCUGUGUUUAUCUAGUUGUCAGAACUCUGCGUGUUCUCUGGACUCUCAUACGUAAACAGAUGAAAGCGAUCACGCAUAUAAAUGUAAUGGUAAACAGA